AUGGUAUUUAAAGAGCAAAUUCGAGAUGCUGAUGAGAGGAGAAAAAAGUUGGAGCAACAAAAAUUGGCGGCGGCCACUGAACUUCAGACUAAACAAGAGGAAAUCAAAGCUAUAUCCAAUGAAACAGAAAAGCAGAAAGCGAUGGAAAACAUUCAAAACUUAGAGUCUGAAGUUCGUGAACUGGGGAAAAAAUGUGAUUUGGAAAGCGUCCUUCGAGAAGAACUUAGCUUGGAGAUUCAAGCAUUGCAAAGAAGCCAAGCAAAAUGUUCUUGGAAUAUUCCACCAGUACCUCAAGACACCACGCAGUUGAUUCAACAACAACCGGAGAGUGUCCAACCUGUUUCUCUCAGCAUACAUCAACCCGCAACUUCCAACAGGGCAAUUCCUUCGCCAACACCGCCAACAUAUUCACUGUCUGUGACAGUAUCAGGAAUUUCAGAAAGCACGUCUGCAUCCACCCCAAUGAAAGAAACUAACGUAGUGCCAUUGCAUACGCAAUUAGCUUAUCAACCUCUAACAUCAGUCAAAUAUAGCAUUGAAGGUCCUAUAGUAUCCGAAGUUGCCACGCCUCGAGAUACACAAAGUUCUGUUGCCAAUACUAACCAGUCCAAAGUUGAUUCCUCUGUUCCGAUGGAGACGACCAAUACAGAAAUUAAUAGAAUAUUAGCUCGCAUUGAACAAGACAACCGAAUUUUGGCAGAACUUGAAAAAUCCAGGGCAACUGUCGAUUUACCUAUAGUACCUUCUAGUUCUGACAUCAUGCAUGACGCUGGCAGCAGAGAACGAAACACUGCGCAAUCUGCUUCUGCUAAACAAUCUGUCACUCGACAAGAAUUAGAACAACUUAUGGCAAAACUAGAGCAAGACAAUAGAAUAUUAGCUGAACUGGAUAAAAAACGGAAUAUAUUAGAAUCUUACUCCAUAUUAGGUUCCAAGACUUCCUUGGUGGCUAACAAUGGCAUCAUGGGUCAUCACGGCAUCAUGCCAUCUCCUAGUCCAUCAUUAGGAAGCCUAAGGGACCCUUCUGCCGCCAUUACGAAUCAGGGGCUCUCGGCCUCGGCCUCAUCUGCCUCCCUUCAUCAUGCCCUCAUGACAGUUCAGCACGAUCCCUCUCUUACAGAAGAUGAAAUGCUGGAUUCAAUAGACUUCAUAGAACUUCCAGGAAGGGGGCGAUGUAAUAUCUAUUGUGCACGUUAUACAUAUGAUCCCUUAAAACAGUCGCCAAACGAAAAUCCAGAAGCUGAGUUGGCACUAAAUGCUGGUGAUUAUGUUAUAAUUUAUGGAGAAAUGGAUGAGGAUGGGUUCUUCAAUGGUGAAUUAUUAGAUGGAAGAAAAGGUUUAGUUCCUUCAAAUUUCGUCGAAAAGCUUACUGGAGAGGAGCUUUUUGAAUUCCAUGCAACAGUUUUGUAUGGAAACAGAGAUUCCGAUGACAGCAGUGUCAGUUUCAGUUACGCUCAAGACAUGGAAAUGACUGUUUCAGAUGAUUACUUGCUGCCAGAGGACUUUCACAGAAUGAAUGACUAUAUCGACUUAGAAGACAUUGAAGAAGUUGAUGAAGAUACCAAUGAGGACGUAGUAAAAGAUAAUGAAGGGUUUACAAAAGGUGUUCCUCCUCCACAAAGACUCAUUUUAGAGCGCCAAAUGAACAAAAGUCUCCUAAUCGGUUGGGUGCCUCCUGAAGUUCCCCCUGGAAAAAUUGAAGGCUACCAUGUUUAUGUCGAUGGAGUUCCAAAGGCAACUAUCAAGUUUUCGGAGAGAACGAGAGCACUGAUCGAAGGAGUCGAUUCCUCCAGACCUCAUCGUGUCAGCGUUCGCUCUAUUUCUAGUGCCGGAUAUCACUCCAAAGAUGCAGCAUGCACAAUUGUAGUUGGAAAAGAUUUUCCAUUAGCUCCAACUUGUGUUAAGGCGUGUCACAUCACAGCGUCAUCAGCUUUGAUAAGCUGGCUUCCAAGCAACAGCAACUUUCAACAUGUAAUUGCAGUAAAUAGUGUUGAAGUCAAAGUUGUUAAACCCGGUUGUUUUCGUCACCAUGUCACAGGUCUGUCUCCAAAUACCCUAUACCGUGUGUCUGUCCGAGUCAAACCAGGAAAACUUUUGUAUAAUGAUGAAAAAAAUCCAAAGAAGCUAGAAAUGUUAGUUAGUAAUGUGGAAUUCAAAACGCUUCCUAAAGGUCUUCCAGAUCCCCCUGUCAAUGUUCAGGUGGAACAAGGUCCACAAGAUGGGACGCUAUUAGUCACUUGGUUACCAGUAUCGACGAAUCCAAGUUCAAAUUUGAUCUCGCCUGUUGUUGGAUAUGCUGUCUUCGCUGCAGGCAAAAAAGUGGCCGAAGUUGACAGCCCAACUGGGGACCAUGCUUUAUUGGACGGUUCACAGCUUUUGGCGAUGAACAAAAAGUGCAUUACAGUUAGAAGUAAAUCAACUGAUGGAUUAUCAAGUGAUUCUUUGGUUUGUGUUGUUCCUAACGAUCUUCUCAGGAGCAUGCAAAAGAGUGUGAUCCUGCGGGGCCGGAUGCACGACGAUCGGACGCCACGCGAGAGGCGUAGCUCGAGCUCAGAUUCCGAAUCGGACACCGAGCUCACAGAGCUGCUCAACCAUGUAAACCGCAGGGCUCGAGCUUUUGACCCCUUGGAUUCACCAUUCUCUUCGUCCAAGGGAGAUGUCUUGGAAGAAAUGCAGAUUGAAGGACGUUCUGAAUUGUCAGAUAUUGUCGAGGAAGAGGAAGAAACAUCUACGGAGGCAGGAGAGUGCAAACCGAAAAUGCUUUGUAAAGCGGAAAGCAUUAACGAGUCUGAUGAUAUUCAGAUUGAUGAAACAGAGAAAGAAAGAAUAGAACCUCAGGAUUACCAUUCAAAGCCCUCUCACACCGUCCGAAGAAUGAAUCAAAAUCCACCAACACAGCAAAUGACUAGCCAAAGACGUCAAGGCUGGAAAGACCAAUCAUAUACCAGUCGUGCUAGUACUGCCGUUGAACGCAAUGGUACAACGGAGCAUCGAAAUCGCCGGGAGCACAGAAAUUCCUCAGGACAGAUUGUUCUAGAUCCCGAUGAAAAUCUUAGUGAUAAAGAGAUUUAUCCUUCCUCAAGAACUAGCAUUCCUUCAAUAGCUGUCAAGGAUGGCUGUCUUAGUUAUAAAAUAACUAAAGACAGCACGGCUGUUGAUGAGUGCGAAACUGGGUUUUCAGAUGAUGAGUACGAUCCUAGAAAGAGGACCAGCCAGCGACCAUCAUCACCGGAGGGCUAUUCUGCUCCAUCUUCCCAACAAAGACCAUCACGAACAGAACCAGAUUCUCACCACUCACCAAACACACGAUCACACAGGGGACCACAAACUCAACAUCAUCAUUCACAGCACCCACAACGAGAGAGAUCUUUGCCACGCCGGCAAUCACAAGAGCCUGUGGUGGGAAGAACCCAGCCACCAAUUCCAAAUCAACCGCCACUAGGAAGACCGAGGGCUGCUCAGCAAUCGCACAAUAUUCCGGACCAAAAUCGAAGGAGUGCAUCAAGGAAUCACUCACCUGCUCAUGUUGCCUCAAGAAGUGGCCAGCAACCACAAGAUCGGGAGCCUAACCAUAGUUAUUACAGCAAAAGAAGAAGCUCUGGGAGUUUGAGUAAUGCGCCAACGCAAAGCAACAGGAAAUUAUCGGAUUUGCACGACCCUUUGAGUAGGUACGAAGACCAAGGCAAUUAUGAUUCUUUUGCAAGCCACGGAUCUGAUGUAGGAGACAACAGGGUGAGAUUUUUUGUGGCCCUCUUUGAUUACGAUCCGCAAACAAUGUCACCUAAUCCAGACGCAGCGGAUGAAGAAUUACCUUUUACAGAAGGUCAGAUGAUUAAGAUCUAUGGUGACAAAGAUCCUGAUGGGUUCUACAGAGGUGAGUCCAAUGGUCGAGUCGGCCUUGUUCCUGGAAAUAUGGUUUCGGAAGUCCAGGUUGAACCGGAUGCUGUCUACUAUAAUGAUAAUUUAACAAGGCCGCGGACUCUGGGACACAUGAUUGGGGGUAGACGUAUAAAAAAGAUGGUAGCCAUUUAUGAUUAUGAUCCUCAGGAAAUCUCGCCUAAUGUUGACGCAGAAAUGGAACUCUCUUUCAGUGUAGGGGAUGUCAUCUAUGUGAUAGGGGACGUUGAUGAAGAUGGUUUCUACAUGGGAGAAUUGAACGGCGUCAAGGGGCUUGUUCCCUCGAAUUUCCUGCGCGAAGUGCCUAUGGAUGAAGAUGAGAAGCGGCAUUCUAUGAGCAGGCCCAAAGGUCAGGGGCGGAGCUAUUUAGGCCGGGCAGACUGUCAGUGGAAUGAGGAGUUCGAGAGGGUUACUCCCUUGCCAAGAAUGCAGCUGAUCACGAGGAACCACACAACAGAGGACAUGGGAGGAGUGCUGAUAAAUCCCACUAUGGACCUAAUGCUGGACACAAAGGGAUUCCAACAUCCUCAGGAUAUGCUCCCCCUUCAUCUUUAUGGGAUGAGAGGGAGUUUGACAAAGAACAUACAAGUAGAGGACCACAUGGUCCCACUCGAGGACAACGAAUGGCCCACCAACAGGCUUAUUCAGGUCCAAACCCAUCCGACCAGCACUGGUAAGCGACCAACAUUCCUGGACCUUCAAGGAAGUCCCAUUUCUUGUCCAAGAAGUUAUGAUUCGUCUCUAGAAGAGCAGAGAAUGAAAUUUGCACCAGACAUUAUAAUUCAGGAUUGUUCACUGCCGAAGCAAAGUAGGAGAGGCAUCUUUUCAUCGUUCAAAGACAUGUUUAAAGCUACAAGGAAAAAUUAAACUGUCAUCUUUAUCUAAACAGUUUAAACAAAGUAAAUGUUUAUUAUCUAAAAACUUGAGGAAACUUUACCAUUGAUGAAAAAAACAUAGCUGAUUUUUGAUAUUUUACAUUUUUUAUUGCGGUUUACUAUAGUUUUAAUAUUUAUUUAAUUGAGCAAACACUGAAACUUCCUAAAUCAAAGAAAUGAGGAAAACAAAUUUUAUAUUGCUUAAGCAUACGUGUUGUUGUACAGAAUCCAUUUAUGUAUUCAAAAAAUAUAUAAAUACAUUAAA